CGAGGAUUCAUAUCAGGAAGUACUCUCGUUCUUGGAACGACAAAAGGUCGAAAUCGUGGAACUCGCUUGGUUCUGUGUUUACUGGCAAGUCAGAGUAGCUGGAGACAUAGAUCAUACACCACUACCGGGAUAUAUACAGAAAACGGCAAUAUUUUAUCACAUGGACGAAACAUCGGCCGAGGAGCACACUGCUCAACACACGAAGACACGCGAGGGCACCAAAGAAACCAGCAACCCGUUCCAACUACGCCUCUUUGAUCGUCUUACGAUAGACACACCAUCCACACGCCAGGUUGAAGGUCAGAUUUUGGCCGUAGCCAAGAAACGUGUACAUUGCGAAGGUCCCGCAGGAUAUCAAUGGAUGGAGCAGAUCUGGUGCUGGUUUGGUCAAGAGGCUAUUGAUGUUGAAGAAUGUCAUGGGGUACCAUUACGGGACAGUGAAGGACAUGUGUUUGUGUCUUUAGUUGUCCUGACAGUAACAAUUUUGGGAUUGUGGAUGCGGUAUAGGGACUCGUGGAAAAUGGUUUCAGCUUUGGUGAAAGGUUCUAAUGUCCAAGGACUGCUACAGAUGCCCUCGUUUACAUUUGCAAGAAAUACGACCGGUGAGAAUCCCGACAUACUCGGCGAUCCACCGAGUCCAUCCAGUUACCGUUCGGGGUAUCAACACCGCGAGACAUAAUUGAUAUUCAUUCUCGCAG